AUGGCGCAGUUCGGUGCAGCAACAACUGGAGGAGAGGUUGUCGCAGCCUUCCCAGAACGCGUCAAAAACAAAACAUUUCUUAUCACAGGUCCUUCUCUUAAUGGCAUUGGUUCAGCAACUGCCUCCGCUCUAGCAACCGAGUCCCCCCGAACGCUCAUCCUUCUCGCCCGCUCCAAGUCCAAGUACCAACCCGUCAUCGACAAGAUCCACGAGAUAAACGCUUCGAUCACUGUGAAGUUUAUCGAAACAGAUCUAGCGUCUAUGGCAAGAGUCCGCGAAGCUGCUGAGGCCAUCCUUGCCGAUAAAGACAUCACUGCAAUCGACGCGCUGUUCAAUAACGCCGGUAUCAUCACCAACGAUCUUGUACGCACAACGGAUGGAUUUGAGAGUCAAUUUGCAAUCAACCAUCUCUCGCAUUUCCUCCUUACAAACAUGCUCAUGCCUCUACUGUUGACAUCGACCUCCCCAAGAGUCGUCAACAUAUCAAGCCUCGGACACAAAUACUACGAGCCAACGUUUCAAGAUCCGCAUUUCAACCAUAUACACCCAGAAAGCUAUAACCCAGCUGAGGCAUAUGCUCAAUCCAAAGGAGCUCAGAUCCUCUUCUCCAUGGCGCUUAACAAGCGGUAUGCGCAAAAGGGACUUCGGUCUUUUGCUGUGCACCCGGGCAACAUGGACACUGGGAUGUAUAACCAUAUAAAAUCCGAAGUAUUAAUGGAUAUGGCACAGAGAAUUACGGGGAGGAGUCUCGAAGACGCAAAUGAGGCGCUUACUAAGUCGUCUGAAGGAGGUUGUGCGACUGGCCUCACUGCUGCUUUGGCACCAGAUCUACCUGAUGGUGUUUUCAUGAAUGACUGCCAAGUUACUAAAGAUCCCGAGUUUGUUGCGGCUUGGGCGCAGGAUGCUGAGACAGCAGAGGUCUGUUGGAGAGUCAGCAAGGAGGCGGUUGAACAGAGCGUUGGAGUGGACAUGAUCUGA